AUGUAUUUCUCACCCAAUACGCCAGAGAAUUUGAGAACUCAAUAUGAGGAUACUUUGCAUAUGCAAACUACUGAAGCCAUUACCCAAUAUUUGGGGUUGCCUAUGAUAAGUGGUCGUAAUAAACAAAGAAUGUUCAGCUAUAUUAAGGAAAAAGUCUGGUCACGUCUUAAUUCUUGGAAUUCCAAGUUAUUUUCGUAUGGUGGUAGAGAAAUACUAUUAAAAGCAGUCAUUCAAGUUAUGCCCACGUAUGCAAUGUCUUGCUUCCAAUUACCAGUGAUUUUAUGUGACCAAUUGGAAGCUCUUAUGGCUAGAUAUUGGUGGAGUUCUUCUAUUGCUAAGCAGAAAACUCAUUGGUUAGCUUGGAGGAAAAUGUGUUUGCCAAAGACUCAGGGUGGGUUAGGAUUUCGAAGUUUUGAACAUCAUAACCAGGCGCUACUGGCUGCUCAGGCAUGGAGAAUACUUACAUGUCCGGACUCUCUACCUGCGAGAAUAUUUAGAGAAAAGUACUUCUCCCAUACUACUUUUUUGACUGCUUCAGGACGCAUAGAAGGAUGUUUAUAG